AUGAUAGAGUGCAGCGUCUGUCAUUCCAAGCUGCUUUCCCCAACUACAAAGACAGUGUCAAGGGCUUAUGACGAACACAGGAGCAAGAUAUCGUCGAAGCAACGGGCCCUCAAUGUUCUAUUGGUUGUCGGGGAUUGUAUUUUAGUUGGGUUACAGGAUGUUGUCUUUUCUCAAUGCAUUUUUCGCUUGCGUUCUUGCCCACGUACUUCUGAUAAUUUAGGGGCCAUUUCAUGUUCUUACAGUUACUACCUUCGGCAUUUGAAUUUCUGUGGCCGGGGCCUCCAGAUCCAACCGGAAAUUCUCCGCCGGCGACCCUUUUUGUGUUCUUUCAUUAAACGACCACAUGCUCAUCAGGCAGUUCAUCUAGUUAAGAACGGGAUGAUAGAGUGCAGCGUCUGUCAUUCCAAGCUGCUUUCCCCAACUACAAAGACAGUGUCAAGGGCUUAUGACGAACACAGGAGCAAGAUAUCGUCGAAGCAACGGGCCCUCAAUGUUCUAUUGGUUGUCGGGGAUUGUAUUUUAGUUGGGUUACAGGUGAUUGUCAUUUUUUAUUCAUUUGUAGUUGUUUGA